AUGGUACCUGCUGGUUGCCUGCUUCUGCUGUGGCUGGGCUGGUGGGGAACGGCCACGGGGGCAGAGGAGCAGCUGUUCAAAGUUGUCCAAGCCACAGAGUCCCAUACAGUUUUCCUGCCCUGCCCUUUCAACUCAGCAUUCUUUUCGGAUUUUUUGGAACUGAUCUGGCUCAAUCCAUCUGGUGAGGUAUUGCUAUCCAUGUCUGUGAAGUACCACAACUCAGAAGUACGUCUCAGUUCCAUGUGGGGAUUGACCUACAACUACUCCAGUCUGGAUGACGAUGUUUGGUUUACCUGCAGCUGGAAUGGCAUCUCUGGAAAGAAACACAACCUAACUGGUAUUGAUGGCUCUGAGAACAUCCAAGAGGAAAUGGAAGACUACACAGAAGACAUUCAUUCAGGGCAGCAAGAGGACAUCUCUGGCCUGAAGUGGAAUCAGGAGUCUUUCCGCUGUGAUGCCACAAUACCCAGUAACUGGACACAAGGAACCCUGCUCUGGAUUCAGCAUAACAGGGGGGGCCAAGAAGUGCUGAUGAGUGUGACCAUUCAGCGCUCCCCUCAUAACUCGCUGUAUAUAAGUCCAGCUGCCAUCACGUUGAUCCUUCCAUCGGUAACUUUCAAAGAUGCUGGGAACUACACUUGCCAGCAGAAAAAUCAGGAGCUCCUUUUCCAGCUGGAGGUGAAAGCAAAGGAAGGGGUGGCUCAGACUGUCUGGCUCCAGUUUCUGCACCAACACUGGAUAAUUUGGAGUGUGACCCUGGGAUAUGUGACUGUCUGCCUCAGCCUCCUUUUGUGUUUUCUGCAACACCGGCGUUCUACCCACACUCGAAAGCAUCGGAUGAAGAAGUCCCCCAUCAAAAGAAGGUACUGGCAUGCCCGGCAGAAGAAGCCACAUGUUCCCAAUGGCAAUCUGGCACUCCAAGAAAAUGAAGAUGGCACAGACCAAGUGGAUGCCUUUUCCUACGAGAAUGUGCUGUCCAGCAGGGAGCCAAGGAGUGGUCGGCAGUUACUUCAGAAAGGAAAGAUCCUUCCCAAAACCACUGAUAUGGAAGAUGAAGAAGGAUAUGAGUUCCCAGACAGUGAAACAGAGUUCAAAUCAGAUGAUGAUGAGAACUACGAGAACACACAGGAAGAAGCAAAACAGGAGAAUGCAGUUUUGAAUGAUGCAUUCACUUAUGCAAAUAACAAGGACAAGAUGAGUUCUGGUUCCCACAAAUGGGACUCCGCAGACCUAUUGUAUGCUAACAAUUCCCAGGAGGCCCUGAAGAGUCCAGCCCAAGUUUCACCUGAUGAUGAUGGUGAGAACUAUGAGAACGUGGAAGAGGAAUCCCUCAUGAGUCCUGGUGCAGCACGACUUAUAGCAGGUCUGAGACUGCAGCUGGCUCUGGACCCCCCUGUGGACAGACAGGACGGAGGCAGCGAGGCCUCUACAGGGUCCCAGUCCUACGAAGAGAUGAAUGGGUCCUUGUGUGCCACUGAAAGCAAGGCUCUCCAGUUGCAGCCCAACACAAGCAAUGAGGAAGAUGCAGACUCCUAUGAAAAUAUGGAAAGCCCCAACAGCCUCAGUUUGCGAAAGGAGUGCAACUUGGACCCACAGGGCUAUGGCUCUUCCUUUGGUUCCGUAUGGUAACAUCUUUCCAGUCCUUUCAAGGUUCAAGGGGGCCUGCGGUAUUCAGACUUGAAGAGGCCAAGUCAGAGAUCAAAAUCAAGAGACUGGCCCUUUGCAACUGGUUUCCUCUGUCAGGCCUAGAUGUUUCUACCCAGAAUUUGGGACUGUGCACCCUGUUCCACAGAACUGUCUGACGCCCUGGACGCCUUGGAGCAGACCAAUGGGGGUGGGGAGUGCUUCUACAUUGCUAGAAGAGGAUCCCGAGAGAUCAGACUCUUAGGUACUCUCUUUAGUGCCAGGGACUGAAGGGAUUCCCAUGGGUUUGAAGAAGAAGGGGCAGGGCUGGAGACAAGCAGAUCAGUUUCUGAGAGUUAAAAGUGGAUUGAGAGAUCAUUUCCAGUGGUAUAAACAUCCAUUCAUUUUGCCACACAAUCAACUCUAGCCAGACAAAUUGGUGGAGCAGUGCAAACCCCUGAUUAUGGGUGCAUCUCUAGACAAGCAACAAUUAGAGCACCGAGGCUACUGUGAGUCGCACCUCUUUGACCUUUCUCUGAGAAGCAAGCUCAGGGGAAUCCCAUACUUAGUUUCAGAAGCUAGUCCUGCAGAAUGCCGAUUGUGACCCUUGUGACAAUUAUGAAACUACCUCCUUACACCCCAACUGGCCGUGUUGAAUGCUUGAUUAGUGGGUUCCCUGUGAUCAUCACAAAAGCACACUUUGCUCCUCAUGGCUGGGAGAGGCAUCUCAAAACAUGUUAAAAGGCUUACACACACACACACACAUGUUGCUGAGUAAACAUUGUCCAAAAACACAUGGAAAAUGUGUUGGGUGGGUUGAGGCUGUGAUGCAGAAACAGAGGGAGAAAGAAUUGGCAUUGUAAUUCAGUGCUGUUAAAUGAGCAAAGGGAUGAGGAAGAAGAGUUUGCAGGGGGAAAUGUGCAAGCUUCUUUGUGCAGGUGUAUCUGUACACACUGUACCAGAGAUAAAAAUCUGAGAAUAUAUAUACUGAGCCAACCUCUUACAAACCACCUUCAAUUCUCUGGAGGGAAACUGACUGUAGGCCUCAUUGUUUGUAAUUGUUUUCACUUUUUUAUAUUCUUUCCCAUAUAAGAAUUGCCACAAAGUAUGGUUGUUUUUUAUUUUAUUUCCUUUGCUGCAUUCUGCUUUGAUAAUUUCCAUAUGUUGAAAAAUAAAAACAUUAUACAUUGAA